AUGGGGCAGGUAUCUGCGUCCGAUCAUCUGAACUACCCGUUCGAGCUUGGGGGAUGUCCGAGAAGAUGUGCAGGAGAAUUGGAGACGGUGGAUACGGAGUUUGUUGCUGCUAUUGCCGGGUGUUGUUGUUUUGGGGGGGGGGAUGAUUCAGAUUCCGGGUUAGCCCUGGAAUUAGCCGUGUCCACACGGCGAGAGCUUCAGCCUAUGGGGCCCGCGGUAGAUCAGAGGGAGGAUGGACGGACGGAGGAGGAGGAGGAAGAGCUCCUUACCGCAGAUGUUUCGGAGUUGACAGAGAACGAACCGAGACGCAGGGAGAAGUCAAAAACAUCAUGA